AUGAUCUCCGCAAGCAAGCUUCUUCUCGCUCUCUUCAUCGCCAAACAGGCGGUCGGCUCCGCUGCCUUGUUCGAGGACCACCAGACUGUCCUCAACCAGUGCACCGGUUCUGCACCCGAGGUCCAGACUUACAGAGAGCGGUUCAUUGCUGAAGUUUUCCGCCCUGAGUCGACUUUCCAGACCUAUGGGAACGGAAUAGAUAUCCCUUCUUCGUUCGUGAAAAACAGCUUGAUGGAGACCGCUGUGACCAUUGUCCAAGACAAGCUUGGAUUGAAAGACGGCGAUGUUUCCUAUACGAGUGGAUACUCGUCAGAGACGUCUGACUACGCGUAUCUUGCUCAAACUCAUAGGAACAUCCCAUUCGUCAAUGCCAUCGCGAACUUGGUUCUCAAGGAAGGUAGGAUCGUUUCGUUUGGAUCCUCCUUCGUCAAGACAGACAGCAUAGCGUCCCCUCACCCAUCAGUUCGCGCCGAGAUCGCCAUCCGUACUGCGGAAAGAGCCUUUAACGGCGUCUACAAUAGACACCCCACUAAGAUUCAAUACUUGGUGCUGCCCGACAGCUCAGUGGCCCUGGUCUACGUGAUCCAAGUUCAGAACGACGACAUUGACUUGUGGCAGGAAGUCUACGUCGACGCCCACACUGGUGAGGUGCAUUCUGCGACCGACUUCGUUUCUGAAUCUGGCUAUGAGGUUGUCCCCGUGGGGAGACAAUCCGUCUUGCAAGGUCUCCUCUACCAGGAGGAUCCAGAGGACAAGCAAUCGUCCCCUCUUGGAUGGCACAACGAUGGAAAGACCUCGACAUCUCACGACACCUCGGGCAACAACGUCAUCGCCUUUAUCAACAACCAGGACAAAACCACGAGGGAAAGCGCCAGCGGAUUGCAGUUCAAGUAUAUCUAUGACACCACGAAGGAUCCCAAGGAUGCAGCCAAUCCCGACGCCGCUCGCGUCAACGCGUUCUAUGUGAUCAACAAGAUCCACGACAUCGCCUACCGCUACGGGUUCACCGAGAAGGCGUUCAACUUCCAAUCGAACAAUUUUGGAAAAGGAGGCGCUGAAAACGAUCGUGUUCUGAUGUGGGUGCAGAACGGCAACGGCAAGAAUAAUGCAAACUUCGCUGCCCCUCCUGACGGUCAAUCGGGAACCUGCAAGAUGUUCCUCUGGGAUCUCAACAAGAUGCCUAUGCGCGACGGUGACUUGGACAACUCUGUCAUUAUCCAUGAAAUGACGCACGGUAUCUCGAACCGCAUGACAGGUGGAGGCACAGGCCGCUGCCUGCAGAGCGUCGAAUCCAAAGGUUUGGGUGAAGGCUGGUCUGAUACUAUGGCGAACUGGAUUGAACAGAACUCUACAUACACGCGCGACUAUACCGUUGGAAGCUACGCUAUGGGCAACGAAAGCGGUACUAGGCGCUUCCCGUACUCUACUGACCCGGAGAUAAACCCUCUCCGAUUCCAACACCUGAAUCAAGUUCAAGCGGGUGGUCAGCACCAGGCUGGUCAGAUCUGGGCGAAUAUCCUUCACAACGUCUAUGCCACCCUGGUCAAGAAGCAUGGGUUUUCGUCCACCGCCAAGACCAAUCCCAAUGGAAAAGAGGGCAACGUCCUCUUCCUGCACCUUAUGCUGGACGCGUUGGCAAUCCAGCCGUGCUACCCGAGAUUCGUCGACGCCCGGGAUGCUUGGAUUCAGGCUGACCAGAACAGGUACAACGGAGCUAACAAGUGCCUCCUCUGGAAGGCGUUCGUCAGCCGCGGAUUGGGCAUGAACGCGAAAGGCACACCUCCCUAUGCUGAUGGGGAGGAUGUCCCCGCUGACUGCGCUUAG